GACAUUUCCGCGGCCACCCAAUUAUCAAACCCUCAGAAAUUCGCAUUGCGUUUUCGUCUUCUUCAAGCUUUGUAUCACACGUGAAUCUUCAACAAUGGCUGUAUCAUCACUCGCCCUGAAGCGCCUCCUUUCGUCCGGCGUCCUCUCUAGGUCCCUCCGUACCGUUCGUACGGUGUCUCUGCCAGCAUCGUCGCGCCUUUUCAAUACGAACGCCGUUCGCGAGUACGAUAGCGACGACAGCGACGUCGACGGCGGCGAUCGCCGGCGCCCCGAGAUCCGUGUCUUCUCUCCAUUCUCCGGUGUGUUUGAUCCAUUCUCAGCAAGGAGCAACUUUACUCAAAUACUGAACAUGAUGAACCAAUUCACGGAAUCCCCUGUUUCCGCCUCCGCCUUUCGCCGGAACUGGGAAGCAAAGGAAACCGGCGAAGGUCUCCACCUUCGAAUGGAUAUGCCUGGAUUGGGGAAAGAAGAUGUGAAGGUUUCUGUAGAGCAGAACACACUUGUUAUCAGAGGUGAGGGCAAUAAGGAAUUCGAGGAAGAUGGAUCUGGCCGGAGGUACACCGGCAGAAUCGAUCUACCGGAGAGAAUCUACAGGACAGACGGUAUCAAGGCGGAGAUGAAGAAUGGAGUUCUGAAAGUUUUCCUUCCUAGAAUCAAGGAAGAAGAGAGGACUGAUGUUUUCCAAGUUAAUGUUGAGUGAUGCUUUUGGUUUAUGUUGUUUGGGUUUACCACUAAUUGCAAUUAGUAGGAUUUGAACUGUUAAUUAACAUGAAAAUUAUAUAUGAGAUAAUGUGUUUAGCUGCUGAAUUAUUUAGCAUAAAUAAUCUGUUACUUACUUACUGUUCA